UGCUCAUGCGAUUGGUCAUUUCCUUAUGCUCCAAGUCACGUUACUGCAAAAGCAUCUACACCUUCAUCGUCAUCGAUAUUGUUAUACAAUAAAAAAGUUCGCAGUUUAGAGACCCACACCGAAUGCACAGAAUCAUUUUACAAAGAUAACAUUAUGGAAGAGAUCAAAAGUCAACGCGUUGAUGAAGAUGAUAAAAAGAAAAUGAUUGAUUUGUUACGAAGGUUUGAACAAGAGGGUGAUGAAAUGUCGAGGGAGGCAAUGGAAAUGGCGGAUGAAGAUUAUGAUGAUAUUACUGAUCGGUUUAACGAUUUGGAUAUUGAUUCCGCUGAUAUUGAAACAAUCUGGAGCAAAUUGACACCGCAAGAACGCGCGGAAUUUCAGGAAAAAUUUAUUGAUGGAAGGCCUGAAAACCUUCUAGAACUUAUCGAUGAGUUACCAUUAUGGAAACCAUGGUGGGAACAUAGCAGUAGCAAUGGUGACAAGAUAGUAGAAAUUUCACCUCAAAUCAUAGAGGAUGAAACACAAUUAUCAGAAUAUUCUCAAACAAAAUCUAAAGACACUUUAUCACAAAGGCCACAGAUACUAUCAGAUAUAAAAAAGGUUGAGGAUCUAACAAAGAAAUCUCCAAAUCCUGCUUUGACUUUAAACCUUAUAAAUAUUUUGUAUGCAUAUGCUUAUAUAUGCCGAAUGUUCAACGGUUCAAUUCACGAAAACGUUCAAGAUUCGAUCAAUGUAAUUUGGGAACUGUCCCCUGUUUUGAACACUACAAAAAAUAUAGUGUUUCAGAGUGUAGACGAGGCUAUCAAGGCUAGCUCUAUCAUAACCCUUCAAAAUCCGAAAUAUAAGCAGCCUCCAGAAUUUCAGUCUUUAAUCUUAGGUGAUAUUGUUUGUUUACUUACAUCUGUGGACGCAGUACUUGCUGCAUUAUCAGAUCUUUAUUGUCUCUUUCAAUCGCAGCAACAAACAUCCACAACUAUAGACUCAAGUAAUUAUUUAUCUAAAAAUCCUUCUAAAACAAAGGAUGAGUAUAAAAAAAAAGGUUUCUUUACAGAAAAGAAACUUUAUUUUUAUAUAGCAUAUGUAAAUUCAUUACCUCAGCAAAGCUCAGCUGUUUUGGAAAUUUUGAGACAUGAAAUUGAAGCAGAGCGAGUAAGAUGCAUUAAGGAAGGACAGGAAUAUAAAAGAGAUAGAGAAAAAAUAGAAGAGGUAUUUGGGAAUAGACAAUAUAGCAAAGAUGAAAGUGAAAUUGAAAGUAAUGAUAGAAAAGGUGGACUUAUUACUGAAAUUUAA